GGCGCGGGGGAGACGCGUCUCCAGGGCGGGAGGGAAACAGCCGCAGAGGGAGGAAAUCGCUGUGGGGACGUAGCGCCCGCAGGGCCGGGGGAUCUGAGCAGCCCUGUGCCUGGGACCAGAGAGAUCCCCCCUCCCAGCCAGCUGGUCCUAUAGGAGCUAUAACCGCCCCCGCCCCUUGUCUCUCUGCUUAUCCCCUUGGGCAGCGCGCAGGGUCCCCGCUAGAGACGUCUCCGUUCCAGCCGCUGCUGCGCUUGGAGCUCGGGGCAUGUCUACACACAGGGGCACAGGGAGGGCGCUGUGCUGGUAACUCCAGAGCACAGGGGCUUCCUACAGCAGUGCCAGGGAUGUGGUUUAUGUACCUCUCUCAGAGGCAGUAGCUAGGCCUAGGGAAGACUUCUCCCCUUGACCUGGCCACAUCUGUAUUGGGCCUAACUACACCAGGCUGCCCCUGAAAAUGUUUACAGCCCUGAGUGAUGCAGCUAGGCCUAUCUAAUUUUUAGAGGUAGAUGAGGCCCCCGGCUUGCAGACUGGUAGCUCUGGCCUCAAAGAUCGCUGGUUUGAUCCCCACUGCCUGUCACAUUAGCACUUCUUCCUCCCAAAUGUUUUGUCUUCACGACCCCCAUGCUGUGCCCAUGGGUCUCCUGGCCCUUUUUCCCAUGUUCCACGAUCAUAUGUCCCUCCAGGCAAGAAAUUCAAACUCACAGAGCUGUCCUUUGUAACAGCUGUUCAACCCAGCCCUGGUCUCCCCUCUUUUCUAUCCUCAGGGCUGGAUUUCCACCCCCUAGACCAGCUGUGAGUCCCAGAUGGAGCCAGAGGUAGAGCCGUGCAUGCUGGAUCCCCAGCGCUCCAGUGACAGACGCAUCCCUACGGGCACUUCUGCAGCUGGCGACGAGGCGCAGAGCGGGGACAAGGAGGGGAGUCCUGGCCCGGAGGACGGGGUGCUGUCAGGCGGGUCUGAGUGGGAGUUGUCCCCCAGCCACGACCGGGAGUGGCCGCCGAUGACGCUCCCCACUGCUAACUCAAGGAAACCCUACAACUGUGCUGACUGCGGCAAAGCCUUCACCUGGCCCUCGCACCUGGUGCAGCACCGGCGCAUGCACACGGGUGAGCGCCCUUACCGCUGUGCCGACUGCGGCAAAGGCUUCGCCGACAGCUCGUCCCUGGUUAAGCACGGCCGGACCCACACGGGAGAGCGCCCCUACACCUGCCCCCAGUGUGGCAAAGGCUUUGUGGACAGCUCGUCGCUCACCAAACAUGCCCGCACCCACACAGGCGAGCGUCCCUACUGUUGCCCCAGCUGUGGGCGCGGCUUCGCCGACAGCUCCCGCCUGGCCCAGCACCGACGCACCCAUGCUGGGGAGCGACCUUACUGCUGCCCCGACUGUGGGAGGGCAUUUGGCCGUCGGGCACACCUGAUCGAGCACCGGUACACCCACACUGGGGAGAAACCCCACCGCUGCCACCAGUGUGGCAAAGGGUUCAGCCAGAGCUCCAACCUGACGCAGCACCAGAAGACCCACCUGGCAGAGAAGCCUUUCAUUUGUCCACAGUGUGGGAAGGGGUUCUGUCUGCGCUCCCAGCUGACCAAGCACCAGCGGCUGCACAGUCCUGACAACCCCCACCGCUGUCCCCAGUGCCACAAGGGCUUUGUGGACCGCUCACCGCUCCUCAAGCACCUGAGGAUCCACACCGGGGAGCGGCCCUUCCGGUGCACUGAGUGUGGGAAGACUUUCAGCAUGAGUUCACACCUCACACAGCACCAGCGAGUCCACACUGGCGAGAAACCCCACCACUGCCACCAGUGCGGCAAGGCAUUUGCCCAGAGCUCCAACCUGACGCAGCACCUGCGCACCCAUACUGGGGAGCGCCCAUACAAGUGCCCCAAAUGUGGCCGGGCCUUCAGUGAUAGCUCCAGCUUCUUGAGGCACCAGCGGCUGCACAGUGGAGAGCGGCCCUACCGCUGCCACCAAUGUGGCAAGGGCUUUGCUGAUGGCAAGGUGCUGCGCAAGCAUCAACUGACUCAUAGCAGUGAGCGGCCCUUCGCCUGUGGGCAGUGUGGCCGCGCCUUUGCCCAGAGCUCCAACCUGGUGCAACACCAGGCCAUCCACACUGGGGAGCGGCCCCACCGCUGCCACCAAUGCGGCAAAGGGUUCUGCUUUCCCUCGCAACUGGCACAGCACCAGAAGCUCCAUGCCACUAUUAUUGUGGUGGACGAUGGUGAUAAUGAACUCCCCUCUCCAUCUAUCAACUAAGCCCCUCCAUUCCCCAGCUGCCCUGGGUGGGGAUUGAACCUGGGACUCCUCUGUUGCUUGAAUUACCAGGCGAAGAAGGUGAUACAGACUUGUAAUCCUUUAUCCAGCCACUAGAGGGGGACAGGGAGCAGGUUUAGUGCUAGAGCUGAUUAAAGGACAGAAAGAAAAAGUUUCACUAAGUCAAUCUGGUUCUGGAACAAGACACUUUUUUUCUUUUAAUUUAAAUUGUUGGUGAUAUUUCCCCCCCAAAAGUCAUGUGACUAUAGGAAAAUCUCAGCUUUUAAAAAAAAGUCAUUUUCUGAUCCUCAUGGUUGGGGAGAAAAGCUGAGAAAAUUACUCCAAAUGGCUCAGAAUCAUGACUAAACAGACCUUUACAUUUAUGAUUUUCAACAUCUCAUGAUGUUUUUAAGCCAUGACUAUUCUGGAGCUUGGCUCGUGAUUUUUGAAUGCUUAGAGUGGCCAUGCUGCUGGGGUUAAAUUUUGGAGAUAUUUGUGAACCCACUCCAAUCUCAAUGGAGUUGGUGGAAUUUGUUCAUGUGUCUCGCAGUUGUGAAGGGUUUAGGAAUCCACCAGAGGCUGAAUUUAUAGCCAGGAUUCUAAGGCUCAGGUGUAAUUCAUUGGCUUAAUGCCUGUGGCCAUGUCUCCCUCUAGUGCACAACCCUGGCUACUGCAACAUCCCACUGCUCACUCACAGCUGGGGGAGUUACCCCUUUAGCUCAGGGUAGCAUGGGAUCGUGCAUUGGGGUUGGGAUUGGGGCUAACGGAUGAGAGCUGGUCAGGAAAUGAUUUGUUUGUCCCCAUGAAAUUUUUUUAAUGAAAACAUGGUUGGGAAAAAUGUGUUUCCUUGAAAUUUUUCAUCUAAACUUUUGUGGAAAAUGUUCAGGGUUUUUGUCAGCAAACCUAAAGCUGAGAAAAUUUGGGUUCCCAAAAUCCAAACACUUUCCAGGUAUUUUUCAAUGAAUUCCACCAACUUUUCCAUGCAAUGGAAAUUUCUAGGGGAAAGAAAAAUGUUUUGUCAACAACAACAACAAAGACUUGGGGGGGGUGGAGGGGGUCGACAUUUCCCACCUAAAAGCCUUUGGAUGUCCAGCAUUUGAUCAGCUUUGGAAGAGUCAUGUGCCCAAAUUCCUUCAGCUCUGUAAUAAUCACCUUUGGGGGCUGAGACCGCAUGGGUUGGUUAUACAAGAAUAAACAACACAUCACAAUGGAA